UCCGUCAUGAUCAUCAAAAACAAGAUAAAAAUCUCAAAAAAACUUCAACAUUCAAGUGAUGGAGAAGCUUGUUUCAAGCUGGUUCAAUAAUAAAACCUUACCCCAAUCCUACAUAUUCCCCCCCGAAACAAGGCCUGGUAACCAUAUCAUUCCUAGAAGCAAUGCCAUUCCGGUAAUCGACCUCGGCAACGCUUCGGCUCAUGACCGAACCCUCGUAGUGCAACAGAUUCUAAAAGCUAGCCAAGAGUUCGGAUUUUUCCAGGUAAUUAACCAUGGAGUUUCAGAAGACUUGAUGAAUGACACCAUGAAUGUGUUCAAGGAGUUCUUCGAGUUACCGGCCGAAGACAAAGCCGACCUUUAUUCUGAGGAGUUCAAUAGGCCUUGCAAGCUUUACACAAGCAGUGCUAACUAUGAUGGUGACAAGGUUCAUCUAUGGCGUGAUAGUUUGAGACACCCUUGUCAUCCUUUAGAAGAAUGCAUCAAAAUUUGGCCUCAGAAGCCAACUAGAUAUAGGGAAAUUGUGGCUGCAUAUUCAAUUGAAGCAAAGAAACUAGGUUCAAGAAUCCUGGAUUUGAUUUCUGAAGGGUUGGGGCUUGAUCUAGGGUACUUUGGUGAUAAAUUAAGUGAAUCAGUUGUAAUAUCAGUGAACCAUUAUCCACCAUGCCCUGAUCCAAGCCUAACCCUUGGAAUAGCCAAACAUUGUGACCCUAGCCUCUUAACUAUUUUGCUUCAAGGUGAUGUGUUUGGUCUCCAAGUCCUCAAUGAUAGUAAAUGGAUUGGUGUUGAGCCUUUGCAUAAUGCAUUUGUGGUUAACAUUGGCCAUCAAUUAGAGGUUGUUAGUAACAACAGGCUGAAGGGAGCUGAACAUCGGGUGGUCACGAACUCGACGGUUGCUCGAACGACGGCCGCUAUCUUUCUCAACCCGUCUGAGGAUUGUAUUGUAGAGCCUGCUAAAUCUCUUAUCAGGGCUGAUGAGUCUCCGGCUUAUAGGGCUUUUAAAUUCAAAGAAUUUUUGUAUAAUUAUGUAACAAUGGGGGGAAAUUCUGAAAAAAGUUUGGAACCCUUUAAACUACAUGGUUGAUCAAUAAUGUUUAAACUAUGGGCCAUCUCUGCAAAUUCUUCAAAGUUGGGGAGAUGUAUUGGGUAACAAAAUCCCAAAAUAGUUACUAUUUAGGAUCAAAAGAAUAAAUCCUCACUGUUUAAGUGGUCAAUUGAUUAUGGUGUACAAGAAUAGAUCAUUUUCACUUUUUUCUUUAA